CAUCCCCCAGCACACCGACUGUCGGACGUGGAAUACAUCGAGAAAGACCCCAAAAGUUGCUCUUCCCCCCCACCCCCCAACUUUUUGAAGGCGCUGUUGCACAAAGGCACAAGCAGCUAACUUAGCUUCGGGCUAACCUAAGUGUAAUAAGCUGGCUAUAGCGUCGCCCGCGUCUUAUAACUGAACGUACUGGUCACGAAGUAGCGGAGAAAAGCAGCGAAUACGGGGACCCAGCCCCCCCACGCGCAGCCCGACACGUAAUAACGAGAUAACGUUCUGUGGCGCGUCGCACUCGGUCAGAUGGCACGACACGUCGGUACUUCGCGCAACGUCUAAUAACGUUAACGUUGUCCGAUACGGUGGCGUUUGUUUGUUUGUUUGUUUUCCAACGCAAGAAGUUGUACAGAUAUAUAUUUAUACUUAUUGGAAAAAGCGAGAAAAUGAGGUCCAACCAAAACAGGCCCUCCUCCUCCGCCAGCUUCUCCUCUAACGCCACCGCCAGUUGCCUUGACGAUGACACCACCAGUCUCAGGCAGCAGAAGUUGGAGAAACAGAGGGCGCUGCUGGAGCAGAAGCAGCGGAGGAAGCGGCAGGAGCCCCUGAUGGUGCAGCCCAACCAGGAGGCCCAGCCGCGGCGCUCCAGCCGGCCGCGGCGUGGGGAGGAGCAGGCCCCGCUGGUGGACCCCCGCCUGGCCGUCACCGCCGACGCCAUCCUGGAAGGCAUCGACGGACCCGCCGCCUUCCUGGGCCCCGAGACCCCUGACCUGGGCUCCAAGAUCCAGGUGCUGUCAGUGGGCCCUGCGCGGACCACCACCCGGUCCCCGCCGCCCGCGUCCCGGCAGCAGCAGCAGCACCACCCGCACCAUACCCGCUACCCCCCCGCCGCCGCCGCCCCCCCCACCACCGCCUCCACCGCCGCCUCCUCCGCAUCCUCCACCCCCGGACAGUCGCGGCCCCCGCCAGGGGAGGGGCCUGAGAGGGACGGGGACACGGUGUCGCUGCUGGAGCCCAAGACGGACCUCCAUGAGCUGCUGCAGAGGAGAGGCCUGUCGGGCAGCAUGAAGUACGACGAGGAGCCCAGCGACGAAGACGAGGACAACAACGUGGAGCCGGAGGCCGAGCGCACGCGCUCCCUGACCCCCAACGCCGACGCCACCGCCUCCACCCGGCCCGCCUCCGCCUCCAGCGCCAAGUCCAGCUCCGAGCCUCUGUCGUCGGGCUCGCCCACGGCCGACGGCCCCCCCCUGGAGGUGGACGACCUGGAGGAGUUUGUGGUGCGGCCGGCGCCGCGCGGCGUCAUCGUCAAGUGCCGCAUCACGCGGGACAAGAAGGGCAUGGACCGAGGCCUCUACCCCACCUACUUCAUGCACCUGGAGAGGGAGGACGGGCGACGGGUGUUUCUGUUGGCGGGCAGGAAGAGGAAGAAGAGCAAGACGUCCAACUACCUGAUCUCCGUAGACGCCACCGACCUGUCGCGAGAGGGGGAGAGCUUCAUGGGGAAACUACGGUCCAACAUGAUGGGCACCAAGUUCACCGUGUACGACAGCGGCACCAACCCGGGCAAGGCCCCCGGGGCCCUACUGGAGGAGAGCAACACGCGGCAGGAGCUGGCCGCCGUCUGCUACGAGACCAACGUCCUGGGCUUCAAGGGUCCGAGGAAGAUGACGGUGAUCAUCCCCGGCAUGAACAUGAACUUCGAGCGCGUGCCCGUGCGCCCAAGCAGCGAACAGGAGAGCCUGCUGAGCAAGUGGCAGAACCGAUGUCUGGAGAACCUGAUCGAGCUGCACAACAAGGCGCCCGUCUGGAACGACGACACGCAGUCCUACGUGCUCAACUUCCACGGCCGCGUCACCCAGGCCUCCGUCAAGAACUUCCAGAUCGUCCACGACAACGACCCCGACUACAUCGUGAUGCAGUUUGGCCGUGUGGCGGAGGACAUCUUCACGCUGGACUUCAACUACCCCAUGUGUGCCCUGCAGGCCUUCGCCAUCGGCCUGUCGAGCUUCGACAGCAAGCUGGCCUGCGAGUGACCACCACAACCACCACCACAGCCCCCAGUGCCCGCUUUAGAUUAAACACCGUCUAACAGUCUAACGCAGGAACGCUUGUUUCAUAACGUGUGUGUGUGGGUGUGUGUAAGACAUUAGGGGUGUUUCAGAUCGUCUGCAUUUGCGCGCAAUGCAUGCACGAGACUUGAGAACAUCCGCCGGAACUAGUCAGAAACACAUCAAGUUCCCACCACGUCAAGUCGGACACAGGUGCACUUCUCGUAGUUUGAACAAGCAUAGUUUGGGAGAGGGCACGCCUCAUUCAAAGGAGAUAUUUAAUUUCUCACGUGGGAAAUUCCACGUGGUGAUUCCAACAAACCAGGGCAACGUUUUGAUAUGUUGAGGGGAAUGUCUUAUGUCCACAUUUAUUUGAGACCAUAUGCACAGAAAUGCAGACGGACGGAGCUCCCGCGAGUGUUUAAAAUCAUGUGACAUUUCGCAUAGGGAAGUUAUCGCCAGCAUUUCUGACGUUUUGAUCCCAGAAUGCAUUAUGUUAUGCGAGGCAACGCAACGCAUGCUUGAUCUGAAACUCGCCUAAUGAGAGUCUGAGCGUGUGUGUGCUAGUGUUGGCUCGUUUGUUUGCGAACCGGUUCGAAUGAACAAGUCUUUAGGACGACCGAACCGAAC